CAUCUUUGCGUUCGUCGAUGUAUAAAGCGUCGUGGUGGUAGAUUUGACAGUCAUUCGGAGGCAAACAGUGCGCCGGUGCAGUGGUUAAACUUAUAUUACAUCAUCUAAAGUGAUACGGUAAAGAUAGCUCAAGCAAAAAAAUGCGGUGGUUUACAUUCAGCUGCAUAUUACUGUCAUUGCUAUUAGGAAGUACUUUAGCGGAAUGGUCAUGGGGUGAAAAAUCAAGCGAUCAAACUAAAGAACUAGACAAUCAAAAAUCUACAGAGUUACUGCAAGGAGAGAAAUUGCCUGAAGCACAGGAAAAAAACUUUGAGUCUAACAGCACUGUGCUUGAUGAUAUCGUUGACGAAUUGGUCAGCAGCAAACAAGGCAGAAGUUUGGGUGGUUUUGAUGGUGUUGAUGAUGUGUACAGCGAUCCCACAAUCAAGGAAGCCUUGGAUGCAGGUGAUGACGCUGAAGCUAGAAAUCUUAUCAAAGGACGUCUCUGCACACUAGGGCUUAUUGAAUGUGACGAAGAAUCUCAGGAAAAACGUACUUACUUGUCACCCGAUGAACUAAUUUACGCCCAACCAGUUGAUAUAAAACCUGUUGGUAAACCAAUUGCAUCAAUCCCUGUACGUGGACCACCUAGAGCUUAUGGACCUCCAAAACCAAUGCCAUAUCCGUCCCGCCCACAGAAGAUUCCACCAAAGCGUGUAGGAUAUGGUGGCAACUACGCGAACAACUACCGACCAGGUUUUUCUGAGAAAUACGGCGUUGCAAGCAAUAACUUUCAAUUUUCUCAAAGCAGUGGACUAUAUAGUGGACAUGAAUCUAACUACGUAACAAAGCCGCCAAGCUUUCCUAGUGAAUCUCCAUAUGCCUUUGAAAAUUCUAAACCAAUUUACAACAAAGGGCCCAUCACACAGUCUUCCAGCAAAACUGAAUCAGUUGUACAGCAACAUGUUCACCAUCACUAUGUUCAUGGUGAGGGUGAUAAAGAACCAAAAGUAAUUAUUAAGCCAGUAGCAAUACCAGUAGGAUCUAUUGGACACCUAGAAUCUAUCGGAAGUCUAACCUCACAGUCACAUGCACAACAGUCAACCGAUAUAAUAACUGGAGGUGGAAAUGAUUUUAGCAGCGUACAUUCAGGUGGUUUUAAACCUAUGACAGGGGGCUACUUAGAAAACAAACCAGUUUAUGAAACUGACACAAUCUAUGGUUCUCAAUAUAGUCACAAUGGUUUUAACAAAGGUAGCUCUAAUAUUUUAACACAGUCUUUGCCAAACCUCAAUUCUAACAAUGGUUUCGAAGAUCAAAAAUACGGCAAUUCGUUGGGUGCUUAUGCUACUCAAAAUAGCGAAUUUUAUAAAAAAGAGUUAAAUGUAGGAUCUACAGACAAUUUAUACAACCGAGCUCCCGCUACAUUUGGUCAAAAUAAUGUAUAUCAAAAUAAUUAUCAUGAAGCUAAAGCUCAAGGAUUUGACUGUGUCUGCGUAAAUUACGAUCAAUGUCCUAGUCAAGAAAUUAUUGGCCGUAGAGAUGAUUUGUACUUACCCAUUGAUCCACGUAACAAAGGAAGUGACAUCACUGCUUUAACGGAAGAACAAUUGGACAAUCUUACAAAGGUGGAUGCCUCUGAAAGCAUUGUCGAAAGAAAAGGAAAUGAUACAGAAACUGAUGUAAAAAAAAUAAGCAAACGAGAAACCAAAGAUGACGAUAGUACUACAGAAUCUUCAAAGGAAAUUCAGCCGCGCCUCAUUGGAUUGGCCGGAUAUGGCGGCAAUGGCGGCAAUAACAACAAACAAGUGCAGCCCACGUUUGGUGUCUCUUUUGGGUUGCCCCAACCAACAUAUGGUGGAUAUCCCAUCAAUCCUUUUAACUCUAAUCCUCUUUAUAACCCUUAUGGUCCAGCUCUUAAUAGCGGCGGUCUUAAUUUGGGCCUAAUUUCUGUAAAUCCUUUAUUAUCAGUUCAAGUUUCAAAAAAUGAUUAUGGUGAAAAAGUAGUAAAGCCCUUUGUAAAUUUACAUGUGACCCCUAACGAACACGUAGUAGAUAAAUUUAAGCACCUAUUUCAUGAAAAAAAAUUGUAUUUACUUAAUAAACAUGAGCACUAUCACCACUUUACACAUCCUCAUCAUUUUAAUCAUUAUCAUAAACCAAUUCCUCCUCCUUAUCCCCAUUAUCCCCAACAUCAUGGUCCACCAGUCUACUCCCCGCAUUACCCACAUUACAAAACCAUUUACACAAAUAAUCAUCCAUAUGAUGGUCAUCCCGAAAAUCACGGUAAUGAUGAUUACUACGAUGACGAGGAUAAUGUAGGACACUAUGAUGACAAUAAUGAUUACCUUAAUCAAAAUUAUGGUUUUGAAAGAUCAGCAAAUACUAGUGCAAAUGAUAGACAAAGUAAUUAUGCCACAAGAUAUUCUUAUUCCCGUUCCUUGACCCUCCCACCAAAUCAUGGGGCAAGCCGCGGAGGCCAAACCGUUCGCUUUCCUGAGAAUAGAAAGAAGAGAGAAAUCAAUAUUGAAAACCUUAAUAAAAAUAUAGAAGAGCGUCAAGGAUACAUAGGGCAACAACCUGUUCAACAGUGCCGCCCAAAUCAAGUUUGCUGUAGAAGACCACUUCGACCUCAAGCAGGAAACCGAGGCCAGUGUGGUAUCAGACACUCCCAAGGAAUUAACGGCAGAAUAAAAACUCCAACAUAUGUCGAUGGCGAAAGUGAAUUUGGAGAGUAUCCAUGGCAGGCAGCUAUAUUAAAAAAGGAUCCAAAAGAAUCUGUCUACGUUUGCGGAGGAACGCUUAUUGAUGGGCUUCACAUAAUCACAGCAGCCCAUUGUAUCAAAUCAUACAAAGGAUUCGAAUUGAGAGUACGCCUCGGUGAAUGGGAUGUUAAUCGUGAUGUAGAAUUCUAUCCUUACAUCGAAAGAGACGUUGUAUCGGUACACGUUCACCCAUUAUACUAUGCCGGUACAUUGGACAACGAUCUUGCUAUUCUCAAAUUGGAUCAUCCAGUCGAAUGGACAAAAUAUCCGCAUAUCAGUCCCGCCUGCCUGCCUGAUAAAUAUACAGACUACUCUGGACAGCGAUGCUGGACAACUGGUUGGGGCAAGGAUGCGUUCGGUGACUACGGCAAAUAUCAAAAUACUCUAAAGGAAGUAGAUGUACCCGUACUGUCUCACGGGCAAUGUCAACAACAGUUAAGACAAACCAGAUUAGGCUACAAUUAUGAACUAAAUCAAGGAUUCCUUUGUGCUGGUGGAGAAGAAGGCAAAGAUGCCUGCAAGGGCGACGGUGGUGGCCCAUUAGUAUGCGAACGUGGCGGUACUUGGCAAAUUGUAGGAGUGGUCUCGUGGGGCAUUGGCUGUGGUCAAGUUGGAGUACCCGGCGUCUAUGUCAAAGUAGCCCACUAUCUAGACUGGAUCUCGCAGAUUACGGGCAAAUUUGCGCCAUACUGAAACUUUCUAUGAAGUCACAAAUACGACUGAAGACAACCCAUAAUUAUAUUUAUUUCUAGGUAUUAGACCUAUUUAUUAAUUAUAAUUUAUUAUAUUUUAACUUUGGAAGGUAAUAUCCAGAGAUUACGAGUAAUUGCUUAU